AAACAAAAACACUAGUUUUAUUCCCCUAAGUCAAAGCUUGGUGCGCGGCCAAACAUUCCAUUGCAUCCACGCGCAUUCUUUAACCAUUUUCUGUAAAAAUCAACAACUUUUAUCGUUUUGUGAAGCGUUUACUACACAGAAAGACCACCAGACGUAUCAAACUUGACGCGAAAUUCAUUGAAUUUGAAUACAGUGAAGAGGUCUGUGUUUUACGUUACGUUCUGUUGGCAAACUAGUAGGAUAUUUUAAAUAAAGCAAACAAGUGGUUUUUAAACCAACUGGAUUACAAAGGCUUAUGGUGACAGGUUGUGAUGAAAGAUGAUGUAUUUCAGCUAUCUGUCGUUAUCAAACUGAGAAAAAUAGGUUAAAGAAAUGAAUAGUUUAUUGUUCUUUGGCUUGUUGAGCAUAUUGUUGACAGGAUAUCCUGCAUCAGGACAGAGGACAUCUAAAACUCAAGGUUUUGUGUUACCAAUAUGUGAUACAACUUGCCCUGUGAACAAACGUUGUGUACAAGAUAACGCCACAGUCGUUUGGGAGUUAUUUUCAAGUAAUGAGUGUAAGAGCUACCAGGCUUGCUAUGGUUCAAACUCUGGCUAUCCAGAUGAUACCAACACAAAUAUAUUUGCUGGUCGAUUUUAUCCCAUUGUUACGGCUCUGGGAUCCAGCGUGUAUUUUGAAGCGAAAUACUCUGGUGGAUUAUUAAAACCGUUUACAGUGUACAAUGUCAACCAAGGGAAUUUUUUAGGCUGUAAAAAUGCAACACAAAGUGUUGGUACAUUACUAAACACUGUUAAAGUCCCCGACAAGUAUAUUUCCAGUCUUGGGUAUAAAUUCUUUAUUGCAAAGUCAAAAGCAACAUAUCAUCCUUGUAAUUUUGGCUUACGACUUCAUAUGAAUGUUAAGGAUGUGACUAAUUGCAGUGGUUCUCCAAGGGGAAAGCUGUGUUCAGGCAAAGGAAGUUGCAUCUCUGAGUCAUUCACUGGUGAUAUGCAUUGUGAAUGUUGUGCGGGUUACUCUGGACGUUUCUGUGAAGAGUUGGAUGCUUGCUAUACAGCUCCCUGCAAGCGUGGUAAUUGCUCGGACUUGAAAACUGGACAUAGCCCAGAUUUUAACUGUACAUGUGAUGUGGGCUUUACUGGACAAUUAUGUGAUAUUGAUAUCAAUGAAUGUAACCUACCAGAGAAUGACGGUGUUUGUCAACAUGGUGGAUUUUGUGAUGAUGGUAUCAACUCAUAUAUUUGCUAUUGUCUUGAGGGUUUCCACGGACAACACUGUGAAUUUAUAUCAAACAUGUGUGAACUGAUUAAACCAUGUAAGAAUAAUGGAAACUGCAGUAGAGUUGGUAUCCACAAGGAGUCCUAUGUCUGCCAUUGCGCUUCAGGAUUUUAUGGUCGUAACUGUACAUUGAAUAUGACUACGAGCAGCAUGAAGCCUCAGAUUUCUGAUAUUGCAAGGACUUCAUCAUUUGGUACGGCCACUACUAUCAUUUUAUCUGUUGGACAGAGCUUCAUCAGUUCCUCGCUCUUUGGUGUGACUGCAAGCAAUGGUUUUACAUCGAUGUUCUCAAGUACAGCCAGUUUUUCUGUAGCAUCCCAGUUUUACUCAAGUUUAGAAACUGGUCCAGUCACAGAGUCAACUACUAAGUGGAAGAGUUAUUUAUCAUCAACCAGUAUAUCACCAUCAACCAAUGCAUCACCAUCAACCAGUAUACCACCAUCAACCAGCGCAUUACCAUCAACCAGUAGACCACCAUCGACCAGCACAUCACCAUCAACCAGUAUACCACCAUCGACCAGUACAUCACCAUCAACCAGUAUAUCACCAUCAACCAGUACAUCACCAUCAACCAGUAUACCACCAUCAACCAGUAUACCACCAUCAACCAGUACAUCACCAUCAACUAAUAUACCACCAUCAUCAACCAGCACAUCACCAUCAACCAGUACAUCACCAUCAACCAGUACAUCACCAUCAACCAGUAUACCACCAUCGACUAGUACAUCACCAUCAACCAGUAUACCACCAUCAACCAGUACAUCACCAUCAACCAGUACAUCAACCAGUAUACCAUCAUCAACCAGUACAUCACCAUCAACCAGUACAUCACCAUCAACCAGUAUAUCACCAUCAACCAGUAUAUCACCAUCAACCAGUGUAUCACCAUCAACCAGCGCAUCACCAUCAACCAGUAUAUCACCAUCAACCAGUGCAUCACCAUCAACCAGUGCAUCACCAUCAACCAGUACGUCACUGCAGACUAGUACAUCACCAUCAAGUUACCUAGAUUCAUCGCUGAGCAGUCAGCAACCAUCUAUUUAUACAAUAGCUUCCCCAGUGAUUGAACCAAGUCUCACCAUAGCCACAAGCAUGGUUGAAUAUGGUACCUCUUUGAUGCAAUCUGCAAGCACACCAGCCCUACCCUCAAUUACCAAUCCAUCACCACAACUAUCAUCUUCCAGUGUAAUAUCACCAUCAAACACCAUAGUCACAGCACCCUCAUCAACUGUUGUACCAACAGAAAUACCACUUCAGAACAAGACUUGUGCAGAUAAUCCAUGUGGUGAGCAUGGGAUAUGUACCAACAGACAGAGUCCGUCAUCUGAUCUACCAUUUCACUGUGAUUGCCAGUAUCCAACAGUUGGACCUGUUUGUACCACAGAUCUGGAACUUCAUUUUCCAUACUUCAGUGGCAAAUCCUACAUCCAAUUCAAACCAAUUGCAUUUGGUUCAAGAGUCAACAAGUUUGUUAUCUCGUUCUAUUCCAACGCAGAUGGUGUUAUAUUGUUCUCUGCUCACAAAACAUACCAAGACUUUAUCAAACUUGAGGUGACUGGGGGACACCUGAGGUUUUCUGUUGAUGCUGGGGAUAAGGUUGUAUCUGUCACAAGUCGAGAAAACGUAACCAAUGGUAAUGCUACAGCAGCUAGUUUUGGAUAUGAUACGCGUACUGGAAGCGUGUUUCUGAGUGUGAAUAAUGGAGUUGAACAGCGAGCUAGAACGAGAGGGAAACUGAGAGAUGUUCAGUUAUAUCACCCUCUUUACCUUGGAGGAAUUGUUCCUGAAGUUUAUACCAAGAAUAAACGUGAUAUUGGUGUGAUUACACCCUUCGUUGGCUGCAUACGAGAGCUUGAGUUUAACGAAAGAGCCAUUGAACUUUCAGCUGCCGUAGACUGGCAGAAUAUUUCUGAGUGUGAUCUUCCCGCCUGCAAAGCAAAGCCUUGUAAGAAUUCGGGAAUUUGUGUUCAAGAUUUGGAGAAUGUAAACGAGUAUUCUUGCCAGUGUGAAUCUCCCUUCUCCGGGAAGAACUGUGGAGAGAAAUAUGCUUGUGAAGUGAAUGUUUGUAACGGUGGACAAUGUCUGAACUCAAGCAGUUCCGGAGUGAACUGUUUGUGCCCGUUUGGAAGAGCUGGUGUGUCCUGUAACAAAGAUAUUCAAGUGAACAUCCCUAUGUUCAGUGUUGUCAAAGAGAAGUCCUCUUAUCUGCGGUACCUCGCCCCCCGGGCAGCUGUGAGUCAACUUGAUAUCCGUAUGGAAAUAAAGUUCGCAAACGAUUCUCAAUCCAGGGGGGACGGACUGCUCUUUUACGUCGGUCUCCACGAUCAUCUGUCUGUCGGAAGUGAUGGUGAUUACCUCGCGCUGGGUGUGAUGAACAAUCGUAUGGUGUUACAGUUUAACCUUGGUUCUGGAUUUGCUAAUAUCACCAGCGAUCUUCUAAGCUCUGAGAACAAGUGGUUCACAAUCUUGGCUGGUAGGAAGGGGAGAGAGGGGUAUUUAUAUGUGGAUAAUGAUGUCAAUGAAGGACGCAGCCCUCCUCCCUUGGAGGGCUUGAAUGUCUUUGGCAAUCUUUACUUAGGAGGAGUCCCUGAGUUUUCAAUGCUCAAUAGCGAGGUGGUGUUCACAGAGGGAUUUAGAGGGUCAAUAAAAGAUCCAAAGGUACGAACAGGGAUAUCAAACUCAUGGUUAUCGCUGGUAAUGGAACAUUCAGCGAACACUACAGGUCUAGUUCCCGUUGAGGCUGGUUUAAACAUUCAAAAUCAGGAAGUCAACACAUGCGUAGUUGGAGCAUGUUUGAAUAACGGUACCUGUCAAUCACUUGGUGCUUCGUAUUUCUGUCGAUGUACGCCGGAAUGGUCCGGAAUGACGUGUAAUGAUUCAUCGGUACCUUGUCGGGAUUAUAACCCAUGUCACGGAGUGUCCACGUGCCGUAUGCUUGAUUCUGGAUUCAUGUGUGAUUGUCCUCCUGGCAAGGCGGGAAGAUUUUGUGAAAAUGCUAUCAAUAUAACCACGCCAUCGUUUAAAGAGUAUUCCUAUCUAAAGUUCUCAUUGGCAAAAAUCAAGAUUUUCUCUCAAACCUCUGUCAAUCUCGUGUUCUCGACGUCAGCAGCCAAUGGUAUACUGUUUUACGUUACUCGUGAUAUCACGUCAUUAUCCGGGGAUUUUCUCUCAAUCACUUUGCAUGAGAGACAUGUGUAUCUUAUUUACAACCUUGGCACAGGAAUUGCUAAAUGCAAAAGUUUAAAUACAAUAAGAAUUAACCAAAAUAAUGACAUUACUGUGACAAGAAAUGCAAAGACAGCCGACCUUGUGGUAAACGGCAAUCGUACGACAUGUAUAAGUCAAGGUGGGGCGACACAACUCAAUGUUGCUUCAGUGUUUUAUCUUGGAGGAGUGCCUGAUCUCUCGUUGGUACAACCCAGGGCAUACGAGAACUCUAAGGAUCUGAGGGACUUCACUGGAUGUGUGGAGACGUUAAGGGUGAAUGGUCAUUCUUUUGAUCUCACUCAACAAGCAGUGCUGGGAGGUCGUAAUGUUGUCAACUGUGAUACAAGUCUUCUUCGGGUAUAAUUCAACCAGAAUAAACGUUUAAACUUCAGACAGCUUUUAACUAUAUUGCUUACUAGGCAAGCCCGUGGAAAGCAUACAAACCGUGUCUAGCAUUUCUGUGUGUACACCAUUGUUCAACAUAUUGAAUGAAAAAAUACUAUAUACCGUAGGCAAUAGAAUAUAUUUAUAUAAUUCAUCAAAAGGGCAAUUAAAAAGGGAAAUAUAUUUAAUUUU